AUGGAAUCUUUUGAUGAUCCUAACACCUUUCAGUGAACAAACAAACGUUAUAUAUAAUUAUAUAGAAAAUUUUUUUUUUUCUAAAAAUUGAGAGAUUUGAUUGUUAAUUAUAUAUCAAAUUUUUUUUUCGUAAAAAUUUUUGAUCGCUUGUGGAGGCAAAAAAUAAGGAUUUUCCAAUGGUUUUGUUCGCUCACGGAAGGGGAGUAAGUAUUAUUCGCAUGUCUACUCCUUUGAAAGGACUCUUCCAAAAUAUUCACGAAUUUCCUCCCCUUUAAAGCCAAGAGCACCGACGCCACCAAGAACCUUUAGGACUCUAAACCGAAGAAGGUCUUCACAAUCACCUAAAAUAAGGACGCAAUCUGUAGACUGUAGCCCUACAAGUGUAUAUGAUUUUACAUGAUAAUGAAAUGGUGAGGAUUGUUCUUCCCUGUAUAGAAUUUUGCCUCUUUUCACUGCUGAUAUAAAGGUUGGACCGUAGGCUAAAUAGUUGCUGGAAACACUUUGAUAUCGCCGCUGUUCCCAUAUUUCUUGAUUCCAAAUAGCUUAUUGGGAUUAGGAGGAUUCAUCCUUACUGUGAUGCUGGCAUAUUUCCAAGAGUAACGAGAAUUCAGAGAAAUAAGGCACCCCUGUAUUUAAAGGCUCAAUUAGAUUAAGUUAAAUUAAUUAAAUAUCCUAUAUGUUUUUCCUCGUAUCUUCACACGACGACUAUUUCAUAACGACUAUUUUUUUUUGGCCUAUUUUUUUUUUGGCCUAUUUUUUUUUGGCCUUUUUUUUUGGCUUUUUUUUUUUGGCCUAUUUUUUUUUGGCCUAUUUUUUUUUCACCUAUUUUUUUUUGGCCUAUUUUUUUUUUGGCCUAUUUUUUUUUUUUGGCCUAUUUUUUUUUGGCCUAUUUAUUUUGGCCUAUUUUUUUUGCCUUUUUUUUGACAAUUUUUUAACUAUUUUUUACUAAUAUUUGGGCACAAUUCCAUACUAAUUGUUUUAAUAUAAUUUUUAAUGUGUUUUAAAACGAUUUAAUCAACGAAAAAUGCACCCUUAACAGAUUUCUUACUCCAUGAAAUACUAAUUCAUUGCUUUUAAAAUUUCGAAAAUUUUAGAGUUAAUUAGGAGUUUUUCACUUAAUUUACUCAAUAUUAAUCGCGUAAGGAAAAGUCUCUGUUUCUCAAUAAGGUUUUAGUACUCUCAGCAGCUUCAUGAAUGAGGCUAGACAAAAAAAAUAGGCCAAAAAAAAAUAGGCCAAAAAAAAAUAGGCCAAAAAAAAAUAGGCCAAAAAAAAAUAGGCCAAAAAAAAAUAGGCCAAAAAAAAAUAGACCAAAAAAAAAAUAGGCCAAAAAAAAAUAGGCCAAAAAAAAAUAGGCCAAAAAAAAUAGGCCAAAAAAAAAUAGGCCAAAAAAAAAUAGGUGAAAAAAAAAUAGGCCAAAAAAAAAUAGGCCAAAAAAAAAUAGGCCAAAAAAAAUAGUUGUUAUGAAAUAGUCGUCGUGUGAAGGAACCGUUUUUCCUGUUCCUUAUUCUUUUAGUGUAGCCCUAAGCCAAACUCAAAUAAGUCCAAAAAAUAAAAAAAAUAAGCCAAGCAAGAGAGAAAUGGAUUUAAAUGCUUCCUCAAGCACUUUCAGCCCUAUGCCUUUUAGAAGAACAAAACAAAAAAGCAGGAUUUCAGCUCGAAAUAAAUCGCUUGAAAGACAUUAUUGAUAA